AUGUUGUACAACAAAGAGAUUAGUAUUACCUUUUUGGUAAUGAUGAUGAUGGUAGUGAUAGGUAACUGCUAUUCACAUCAACAACAACAACAACAACAACAACAGAUAAUAGUACAAUUCAAUACAACGUUUGAUUGCAGAGAGAAUUGUGACUUUAACGACCCAAACAUGUGGAUUGGUGGUGUUGUACCAAAUGCACCUGGGUAUGUCGCAGUGAUCGAUUAUUCAGAUUCAGAUUUGGGAAGUGUUCAAACUAUCAUUUCAUCAGUGCCCAAUUUGCAAUUAGACUCGAUCAUAUUGAAUACGACGGUACAUACAUUGAUGCAAUUGAAUCUUAUCAACAAUGUAGAGUUGUUGGAUGAGAUCGUCGUCGGUGUAGGCUGCGUCGUAUACAUACUCAAUAAUUCAACCGUCAACGUUAAAAACAACCUCACCAUCCAAGACCAAGGAACAGUCUAUGUGACAGUAGACAGUACUGUGACGGUUGGAUCGGCUUGGUUUCAAAAUGGAUCGAGCUACACCCAACAAGUGAGAGGUUUCUUUUCAUCCAGCAACAGUGCUCUUUUGGAUGGAUCGAUUCUCAUGCUUGGAGACGCAUCACUUGCAGUCUUUGGCGAUGACAAUGUUAUUGGAGGAUCGAUUCAAACUGGUUCCGACGGUAUUGUCGUUUUUGAAAACGUGCUGGUUGCAGAAACAAGUGUCAUCAAUUUACAAGGCAAUCUGGUGGUGAGUGGAGUACUAGAGAUUAGUCGUAGUGCCAGUGUUGCAGUUAAUUACAAUGUCUCGGUUAUUGCUCCAAGAGGAUCGAUUGUACUUGACGAGUAUGCUACUUUUAAACAGUCGCCUGAUCCAUCCACAGUCCCUCCUCCUACAAAUGGUGGUCCUGUGAUUGUACAAAUUGACAAUUUAAUUGGACAGUCGUCCAGUCAAGUAUCCAUCGGUCGUGCAGACGAACUCCUUCUUGGCGUGGUCGACCUCGACGGCGGGCAACUCCAAAUCACCUCUCUUGUGCAGUACACUGAUAUCAUGGGUCCCGCAAACAUCUCCCAACUCGUACUCGCAGCCACCAAGUCAGUCCACGCCGACGACCUCCAUUUCACCAUCUUUACAGGUCAAGUCAACAUCUCACAAAUCUACUCUUAUUUCCACGUUGGUAAGCCAUCAACCGUCUCUAUUGUAUUUGAUGAGGAUAGCUCGCUCACAGACACACCCAUCACCCUCUACAACACCAUCCUCACCGUCUCGAAGCAAUCAGUACUCAAUAUAACCACACCCGGUUACUUUUCUCUUUCCAAUGACUCGCAAAUCGUCGUUGGUGAUGGUAGUUCACUCAACUUGUACCGUUCAGAAUUCACAGCACCCAAUAUCACCACUGGCACUGGCUCGUCGGUAUCUAUCGUCAGUACCACCAUGACUGGUAACAUUCUCAUCGGUCAUAGUAGCAGUCUGUUUAUCAACCAAUCGUCCAUCACUGGUGACAUCUCUGUCGACGAUGCCAAACUCAUGUUUGUCCAAAGCACCGUCGUCUCGGGUGGUCUCUAUGUCUACUCCCAAUCGGCUAUGAGUAUAUCCGUAGACAGUCUUGCUACCUCUCCCGAUAUGGUUCCAAUCUCAACCGGUAGUUUUGAACUCAAUGACGGUACACUCUCCCUCAACACUUUGCAACCAACCAACUCACUCCAAGUUGGACAAACCUAUUAUAUUGUCUCAAGUAGCGAUUCAUUGGUUGUCCAACCAUCCCUAUGCUCCAUCCAAUUCCCAUUACCAUCCAACCAAAACUACACAUUUGAUAUUAUCCCAAAUAAUGGUAAUGGAAUAUCUUAUCUAGUUUUCCAACUUCACAAUGAAUAA